AUGAUCAGAACUUAUUCUCUGACGAUCCUCUGGAGAAGCAGUUUGUGUAUCUACAAGCUGAGUUUCCUACCAUCACUCUGGAGAAAGUGGUCAUGGUCUCAUUCCAGUCUGGAUAUAUAUUUGUACAAACAGACAAGCCCAUCUACACACCUUCUAGCACAGUUCAUUACAGGAUUUUCUCCCUAACACCCAACCUGGAACUCAGUCAGUCUGGAAUCACAGUUGAAAUCAAGAAUCCUCAAGGCAUCACAGUUUCAUCAGAGAAGAUCUUUCCAGUCAAAGGGAUGAAGUCCGGAAAAUAUGCCAUUCCUGAGAUUGCCACCUCUGGGAUCUGGCAGGUUAUCACACUUUUUACAAACACUCCUCAGAAGACAUUUACUGCAGACUUUGAGGUUAAAGAAUAUGUGCUUCCAACAUUCGAUGUGAAAUUAAAGCCCAGUAAGUCAUUCUUCCAUGUGCUUGAUGACAGUCUGACAGUCGACAUUGAGGCCAAGUAUCUGUUUGGACAGAAGGUGGAUGGAAAUGCGUUCGUGGUGUUUGGUGUGAUGGACGGUGAGAAGAAAACAAGUAUUCCUACUUCUCUGCAAAAAGUUGAGAUUGAGAAUGGAGAAGGCGCUGCAGAACUGACCGAUGAGAUGAUUAAAAAGACCUUUCCAAGCAUUAACCAGCUGGUUGGACGGUCGAUCUAUGUUUCUGUCAGUCUUUUAACAGAAAGUGGAAGUGAAAUGGUGGAAGCAGAAAGGAGAGGCAUUCAGAUUGUGAUCCCAUACACCAUCCACUUCAAAAAAACACCACACUUCUUCAAACCUGGGAUGCCCCUCACUGUCUUGGUCUAUGUAUCAAACAUUGACCAGACACCUGCUGUAAAUGUGGAAGUUGAAGUGAUGGGCAAUCAGGGGCCAGUCAGAGGCAAAACAAAAACCAAUGGCAUUGCGAAGGUUGCUGUUAACACUCUGGGAUUAUAUUCAACACUUGAGAUCACUGCAAAGACCGUAGACCCACAAUUAAGAGACGAUCAGCAGGCAGUGAAGAAGAUGACAGCUCAGGCCUACCAGCCCAAAGACGGCUCCAAAAACUACCUGCAUAUUAUCAUUGAUGCUCUGCAGCUUCAGAUUCAUGAUCAAAUUACAGUUUAUCUAAUUACCGGACGAAGUCCAGGAUUUAAAGAUCAGGACUUCACAUACAUGAUCUUAAGUAAAGGUCAGAUUGUAGAAGUAGGCAGGUUUAAGCCAAAUGAACAAUCUCUAGUGGCUGUGCCUGUGACUGUAACCAAAGACAUGAUACCGUCCUUCCGCUUUGUGGCGUAUUAUCAUGUGGGCUCGUCUGAAGUGGUGUCUGAUUCAGUCUGGGUCGAUGUGAAGGACACGUGCAUGGGAACGCUCAAGGUUGAGGUGAAGGAUAAUAGGAAUACCUACAGCACAGGAGAUGAUGUUCAGCUGCAGAUCACUGGAGAUCCUGGAGCUAAAGUUGGUCUGGUGGUGGUUGACAAGGCUGUGCAUGUCCUUAACAAGAACAGACUCACCCAGACAAAGAUCUGGGACGUCAUAGAGCAGUAUGACACCGGCUGUACAGCAGGAGGAGGAAAGGACAGUAUGGGGGUUUUCACCGAUGCAGGUCUGAUGUUUGUGUCCAACACUGCAGGAGGAACCAACACCAGAACAACACCAGCGUGUCCCUUACUUUCAAAGAGAAGACGGCGAUCACUGGAUGAUGAUGAUGGCAGUUAUACAGAUUCUGAAGAUAUUGUCUCACGCACACAGUUCCCUGAGAGCUGUUUUUUUGAGGAGAUUGAUCUACCCAAUAACAAUGGAAACUACUAUGAAUCAACAUCAGCCACAAAUAAACUGAUCUACCUGAAAGACUCUAUCACUACGUGGCAGAUCUUGGCUGUCAGUCUGUCUCCAACACUUGGCAUCUGUGUGGCAGAACCUGAGGAGAUAGUCUUUUCUAAGAGAUUUUUUAUUGAUCUCAAGAUUCCUUACUCAGCUGUGCGCGGUGAACAACUGGAAAUCAAGGCCAUUAUUCACAACUACACCCCAGUUAAACUGAAGAAGGUGCGUGUGGAGUUCAUGGAGACAGAAGAUGUUUGCAGCUCUGCCUGGAAGAAAGGAAAAUACAGAACAAUAAUAUCAGUUGAUAAGGACUCCAGCGUAGCAGUUUCAUACGUGAUUAUUCCCAUGACGACGGGAGAUCAUGAUAUUGAGGUGAAAGCUUCGAUAUUAGAUUUUGAAGAUGGAGUGAGAAAGACGCUGAAGGUGGUGCCUGAGGGUGUGCUGAGUAUAAUACGUGAAGCAAAUGUGGAGCUCAAUCCUAAUAAGAAUGGUGAAAAUCCUUUCGUUUUUAAAGCUGCCAUACCGGCUGAUCGGUUUCCAGACACACCUGCUUACACGAACAUCUUCAUUACCGCUGAAGAGAUCACUCAGGCAGUCGAAGUCGAGCAGGCCAUCAGUGGAAGCUUCAUGGGUCGACUUAUUGUCCAACCCGUUGGAUAUGGAGAGACAAUAAUGAUCUAUAUGACUCUUCCUCUCAUUGCCACUCAUUAUCUGGACCACACAAAUCAGUGGGAUGCUGUUGGUGUGGAGCGCCGUAAUGAAGCCGUCAACCAUGUCAACACAGGAUAUCAGCGGCAGUUGAGUUAUCGUAAAUCAGAUGGAUCCUACGCUGCAUGGACACAGAGACCGAGCAGCACAUGGCUGACAGCAUACGUGGCCAAAGUCUUCUUCAUGGCCAGGGAUCUUGUUGUGAUGGAGGACAAUGUGCUCUGCAGUGCCCUCAAGUGGCUGGUCCUCAACAAACAACAGCCAGACGGCUCUUUUAAAGAGGAUUCAGCUGUAAUUCACGGAGAGAUGGUGGGUGAUGUACAGGGCAAAGAUGCCGAUGCCUCUCUGACGGCCUUUGUCGUGAUUGCCAUGCAAGAGGGCAAAGAUGUUUGUGAUCAAACAGUUGGUAGUCUGCCUGACAGUAUGAGGAAGGCUGUUACGUUCUUGGAAGGUCGACUUCCACAACUGAGCAACCCUUACGCUGUUGCGAUGGCAUCCUACGCCAUGGCCAAUGCCGACAAAUUCAAUAAAGAAAUGUUGAUGAAACACUCUACUCCAACAGAAGGCGGUCGGUAUUGGAGAGUCUCUGGACAGCAUCAUCACUCACUAGAGGCGACGGCGUAUGCUGUGCUGGCGCUUGUGAAAGCCAAAGAGUUUGAUAAAGCAGGAGAGGCAGUGCACUGGCUGGGCAGACAACAGUCUCACUAUGGAGGAUCUGGAACCACACAGGCGACCAUCAUGGUGUUCCAGGCCGUGGCAGAGUAUCGCACGCAGGUGAAGAACAAACAAAACUUCAAUCUGGACGUGGAGCUGUCUGUACAAGGAAGAAGCAAACCUGUCAAAUGGAUUUUCCAAAGAAAUAACAUGCAUCUUAGACGGACAGAGAGGUUUGACCUAAGCCAGGAAUUUAAUGUAACUGCUCGAGGAACUGGAAGAGCCACUCUCUCUGUUACGACGCAGUACUACGCCAGACCUGCUGAGAACACAGACUGUACAGCCUUUAAUCUGAAUGUUACGAUGGAAAAAGACAGCAAACCGGAACCAUACGCCAUUGAAACGUAUAAGCUCACUCUGGAUUUCUACUACAAAAGUGAUAAAACCGAUGCCACCAUGACUAUUCUGGACAUUAGCAUACCGACUGGAUUUUACGUUGAUCAAAAAGAUCUCAAAGAGAUGUCUUCAGGAAAGGACAUAUAUAUUCAGAAAUAUGAAAACCAAAUACUGUCAGAGCAAAGAUCUCUCAUCCUGUACUUAAAUAAGGUUUUGCGUGAAGAUCAACCAAUAAUUUCCAUCAGAAUGCACAAGAUGUUUAAUGUGGGUCUGCUACCACCUGCUGCAGUCACAAUAUAUGAAUAUUACUCACCAGAUGCACGCUGUACAAAGUUCUACCACCCUGAAAGGAGAGAUCUUUGCAAGAUCAAAGGAGAUCUCUGCAAGUGUGCAGAAGAAAGAUGCAGUUACCAAAAAAAGGAUCGGGAUAUAGAUCAGGAGCGUUUUUCUACAGCCUGUGGAGCUGGUGUGGAUUAUGUUUACAAAGCCACAGUGGUGGAGAUGGAUCUGAGAAAAGGCUUUGACAGCUAUGACAUGAAGGUAGAGCUGGUGCUGAGAAAAGGCGUUGAUAAGAAUGCGGAUGCGAACGUGACAAACUAUCUGGCUCAUCCCAGUUGCAGAGAUCAUUUAGGAUUGGUAAAAGGAAAGUCGCACCUCGUCAUGGGCAAAUCUGUUGACCUGACAAAGCUCGGCAAAGGUAGUCUGCAGUAUAUGUUUGGAGAGCAGACCUGGGUUGAAUACUGGCCUACAAAAGAAGAAAGCCAAACGAAAGAACACAGGGAGCGAUACAGCGGUAUCUCCAAAAUCCAAGACAUCCUUCUCCAGCGUAGAUGUCCUGUUUAACAUUUCUUUAUUACUGGAAAUGUAACAUCAUCUCUUGCAUACUAUAAAUGAAUUGUUCUUGAUAACAUAUGAAUGGUGUAAUUCCAUGAUAAAGAUUAAAUCAAUAAAACUAGCUUGUUUAUGCUGGAUUGAUCAGAGAAGCAGCGACAUCAGCGCUGGACAGUGAGCGAGUAGUAGGUGUUUACAUAUGAUGAGGUAAUCAAAGGGUAUUAUUCACAUCCAAAAUGUUUUCUUGUUUUAUUUGUUUAUAUGAACUACAUGUGAAACUACAUGUGAUGCAUCAUCAAGAACCAGCACAUGAACCUCUACAACGGUGGCAAUCAACAAAAUUCUUCAUGGUGCAAUACAUGCUGUGUAAUAGUAAUACCAUAGUGAAAACUCCCAUCAUGCACUGCGGCAUGAAUAAUUAUUGUCUCCACCGCCCCUACAAAGCCUGAGCAGUGCAGUUCUUCUUUCCAAUAUUUAAGCAUUACGUUUUUUUAAGCAAUAUUACUUUUGCCCAUUAUUAGCUUCAAGUGUGUGUUUAAGCAAAUACGUUAAUAAUUACAUACAUGUUAAAGUGUAGCUUGAUGCUAAUACCUUUAAUUACAUCACAGGAUGUAUUCUAGUAAGCAUUAAAGAUCAUUUAAACUAAA